AUGUUUGCUUUGCAAUCAUACGUUUCUGAACUGCUGCCAUUCGGCUCUUCCACCAACGCAGGACUGUCAAAGAAACUGAUUAAAGGCGAUGACGUCAUCAGCAACGCAAUCAUAUGUAAAGUAGGUUUCCCAGCAAUGAUUUCAAAGGGCACAGUUUGGAAACGAAUAUGGAUUCACACCGAUGGUUUCCUGAUCAUAAAACAAGAUGGCUUCAAAAUCAAUAAAUUACCGAAGAAAGAUAUCGGUGAACAAGAUGAAGUGAUCAUCGCUCCGUUUUGGGCAGAUGCAGUGACCAGCAAACGUUUCCCGUCCAGUGCCGUAUUCUAUGAUGUCUAUGAAAUGUGGCCUCUGAAGCGCAUACGUACCGAAGAAGAAAGACUCUUCCUAAAUCACAUCUCAAAACGGUUGAAUAUUUCGACCUUCCAAGCUACCUGGGCAUUGGUUGUUACUUGGAGGGACCUCCGUCCUGGUGAUAUCCUCAACCCGUCUGAGAAAAAUACAUUCCAAGCUGUUUUGGUAACAGACGGUAGAGCCUCCUAUGUCAUUUAUUUGUAUGAAAGAAUGGAAUGGAAAACAUUUAACUUACUCUACAGAGAUGUAGUUGUAGGUUACAGAAGAGGCAUAGAUGACAGCAACUAUUUUAUGACUUCCAUAAGAAACACAGAUAUUUUGCAGAUCGACAAGAUCAAAGGAAAUACAGGAAUUUACGGGUGGUGGCAGUUCCCGCUAGGAGUAAUUAAAGAAAAAGAAAAUUUCGCACAACAAUGUAUGAAAUGGUAUUACGAGAAUUCGGCACAGCAGCGAAUCGAAGCCAGAAAACUCUCGGCAUUGAGUACACCAUGUCCGUGUAAUCUUCUGCAAGCUAAGAAAGACACGCGCUUUGAAAUGUACCAAAAUUCCAACAAUUGUCUCCGCCUGAUGUUUCCUACCGAUGGAAAAUCUAAAGGUGUCAGGAUCUGUUGCUAUGAUUAUCAAACAAAUGCCUUGAAACCAACUGACAGUCCAUUCUUCAUCAAUGACCCAACAAAUGCCAAAAUCAAGUGGAUUGAAGAAGACAAAAAACCUGUGGACGUUUGCUGUUCCUUUUCUGCUUACUGUUCGCUUUUCAAUGAAGUUCGCUCUGUGUCCGAUUGCAGCAAUUAUGUGAUGCCCGUCGAAGGUGGAGCCUUUGGUGACCCACAUAUUCAAACUAUUGACGGCAAAUUCUAUACCUUCAAUGGAUGGGGAGAGUUUACCCUGCUGAAUAUAUACCAUAAGGACAAGCCCAAAGAUCGCUUGUUCACUCUAGAAGGUCGCACUGAACGCGGAGAGAAUGUCCACGGUGAAUUGACUGAUGCCACGAUAUUUACCGCUUUCGUCGCCAUGGAUUUCGUUUAUAACAAUUCCUUCCAGGUGGAAAUAAUGCAAAAUAAAGAAGGUAUCAUCAUCAUCGCCAAUGGCAUCGAUUUCACCGUCCAGUUUGUAAAUGAUGAAAACUUCAACCAGUCUAUGAAGUUUAUGAAGCUGAAGAAACUGAAAAAUGGAGGAAUUCAAGGAAUAUUCCAGAAAGGUUUAACCCUGAAUAUAAACCAAGCUAACGGAAUACUGGACAUAGGUGUAGCGUACCCACCCGAAAUGCGUUCCGUAAUGUUGACACGAGGUUUACUGGGUGUUGUAGAUGGUAAUCCUGACAAUGACUUCCAAGCUCCAGACGGCAGUGUGUUACCAUCAAAUGCCACAGAGAAAGAUAUAUAUAACCGUUUCGGUCUCCUUUGGAAAGCACAGAAACCGUGUUUUACUUAUGCCGCUGGUAAAAAUUCUUCCAGCUAUAAACACGCCAACUUCACUCCGAGAUUUAUAAACAAGGAAGAACUCUUAAGUUUAAGUGAUAACGAGGCGAAACGAUUUUGUCGAAAUAACAUCGAGUGCUUAUAUGACCUCUGGACAACAAACAUCAAACAAUUAGCCGAAAAUACCAAAAUAGUCAAACAAACUGCUGAAGCCAACACAGAAUUUCGAGAAAAUUCUCCGCCCCAAAUCAAGAGUAAGAGAGUAAUGUACGCCAGUGUAGGGCUUUCUUCACGUCUGAAUUUUACUGUGAUCGAUGACGACAACACUCAGGCAUUUUUGGCAAAGCCCAGCAAGUCUCUGGAGAUUUACCAUGACAACCAGACCAAUAAGGGAUAUGUGAUAUAUACACCUGCCAGCACGGAACCUGUCAGCAUUCAAAUUGUUGUUAAAGACAGUAAGAAUGCCGUGGCGCCAAUCCAAGAGAUCCAGGUUGUUCUCUGUCCUGGUUGUAAACAUGGUAAAUGUGACUUCCAGAACAAUGCACAAGAACUCUUCCACAUUGUGGCAUGUGACUGCGAUAUAGGUUACACAGGUGAGGACUGUAAUGUAGACUACGAUGGCUGUGCAUCGUCUCCCUGCCUUGGGGAAGCUCAGUGUAUUGACGUUCCAGCAGAAUUACAAACAUCCAACGGUUUGACUUACCGCUGUAACUGUUCAGACGGUUAUAGUUUAUACAACGAUAAAUGUGUGGAUGUUGAUGAGUGUGAUAGAGGUAAAUCAAAAUGCCAGCAGAUUUGUAUUAACACUCUGGGAAGUUAUCAAUGCGCAUGCAAAUCGGGAUAUCAGCUUUCAAAUGAUGUUAACUGCUACGAUGUGGAUGAAUGUAGAAGCCCCGACAAUGGCUGUCAACAGACUUGUGAGAACAUUGAAGGAAGUUACCAAUGUGGAUGUUCCGAAGGUUAUAAACUUGCUAAGGACCAGAAAUCUUGUGAAAAAGUCGUGGAUUAUUGCACCGAACACAACUUGACCAAUUGUUAUGGUUGCAAAUUUGAGGAUGGACAGAUAAAAUGUUUUUGUCCAGCUGGAUACGAACUCGGCCACAACAAUUUUUCGUGUGUUGAUAUUGAUGAGUGUGCCAGCCCAGUCCAUCGAUGUUCGCAGAUCUGUCAGAACAAACCCGGGGGUUUCACCUGUCACUGUUAUCCUGGUUACAAACUAAAACCUGAUAAAGUCAUCUGUGAAAAAUGCGACAUUUUCCAUUGGGGUGAAAACUGCAAAAACAAAUGUGCAUGCAAUGGUAAUGAAGAACUAUGUGACUCAAUCCGUGGCUGUGUCUGCAAGAAAGGCUGGACUGGUAUUCAUUGUGACCAAGACAUCAAUGAAUGUGCCGGCAAUCACACUUGCUACGAUUUUGAAAACAUGAAAUGCAUUAAUACACAAGGAAGUUACCAUUGUAUCUGUCAGAACGGCUACAUUGAUGACAGCGAGGGACACUGCAUUGAUAUUAAUGAAUGCAAAACUGGAGUACAUUUCUGCUCGCAGAAAUGUCGAGAUGUGGAAGGAACUUACAACUGUGAAUGUUACGAUGGUUAUCGAUUGAAUGACGAUCGAAGAACCUGUACUAAAAUGUCAGAAAACGAACUCUGUAACGCUGUCAAUUGUUCCCACAUCUGUUUAGUUGAGAGCACCCGUCCCGUAUGUUACUGCCAAAAAGGUUUCCGAUUAGCAAAGGAUAAAAUCACGUGUCUAUAUGUUGACCCUUGUAAAACGGCCAACUGCUCGCAAUAUUGUCAAGCAGGAAACGAUGGUAACUUUAAGUGUUCGUGUGAUCCAGGUUUUAAGCUCGAUCAAACUGGUUUGAUCUGCACCAAAUGCGACGGAUACCAUUACGGCGAAGAUUGUGAGUAUUCUUGUGAUUGUAAGAUGGGCUCAUGUCAUUAUGUAUACGGUUGUAGCUGUGACCCAGGGUGGAGCGGAGAUAAAUGUGACCAGAACAUUGAUGAGUGUAGUAUCGGCGAGUAUGUAUGCAACGCCGGUCAGACGUGCCAGGACACAUUAGGAAAUUACACCUGUGUCUGUGGAAAAGGUUACUGGAAUAACAACGGCACCUGUCAAAACAUUGACGAAUGUAAAGAUGGCUCAUUGAACUCGUGUUCUCAGACCUGUACAGAUACUGAAGGCAGUUUCGAGUGUGGUUGUCACAAUGGAUUUACUAAAAUUAAUGACACUUGUAUAGAAUUAAAGUAUCAAUUUACCAGCAUCGAUUUCUCCAUUCUUAUUCCCUGCCCUCGCCUACCUUUCCUAAACAAAGGUUACCAACAAUAUCUACAGUCAGCACAGCUACUCAAAAGCAUUCGAUUUUCUUAUUCCCAAAGAACCAAUUUUAGCCGGAAUCAAAACGACAUGAAGGAAGAAGACCAAUAUUGUCAGCAAGCAGUUAACAUUACCGAACAGUUUGAUGCUGAAAAAGAAAAACCUUCUAAAAGUGGACAGAAAUGUCUAAGACAACCAAUUCUUAUAUUUUCUUCACAUGUAAAAGACAUUGAUGAGUGUAAACCGGAGGCAAACAACUGCAACCAAAUUUGCCGAAACAACCAAGGUUCUUAUGAAUGUUUCUGUGAAAGAUUUUAUUCCCGGCUUCCCGAUGGCAAAACUUGCAUCCAAGUUGCUUUGGAAAUCACGAUGGAUCUUGUGGGAAAUGUGACUGACUUAGAACAAAUCCAGUCCCAGUUGGAUAUCCUCUCUAAACGGAUUUCUACGGCAUCGUUUUGGAAAAUUGAAUCUACGGAACGAAGGUACAAAAUCUUGCACACAAAACAAAUUAUUCAGUUCCACCAACAAGUACAGGAAUUUCAGGUGGCUCAGCUGAAAGUUAUUCUUUUGGAUAUCUACCACAAAGGUCUACUUCAAACUAAUGCAACGAUUUUAGUCAACAACGGACCUUCGUUUCGGAAUAUUGAUGGCAUUGAAGGAAGAUGUCUAAGUGCUGUUAGAUCGUGUGAACUCAAUAAAGCCGUCCAUACUGUUCACAAUGGAAAAGGAAAAAGACAAUCAGCUAGCAUUUCUGGACGUAUUGAUAAUAUGCACCAAGUAUGGAUCCUGGACAUCCGUAUAUCGCAAUCCAACCUUCACUGCAUGAUACCUCAACUUCAAUUCCCACCAUCCAUACAGUGUAAAGAGAAGGAUUGCUCAUUGCCUAAAACAUUGAGCAAAGAAUAUAGGUAG